AUGAGAGUUGCAUUGAUGGUGGCAGAAGGGAAACCUCGAGGGGCGGUGCAUGAGAAGUCUCCAGGGACUGAGGGGUGGAGCGCUCGUCUUCAAAGUCAAGGAGGGAUUUUGGAGCUAGUCGAGAGGCAAUGCCCUGGCAACAGGACGAAGGUGUCAUAUGCAAGCUCUGGAGGCGGGCCAGUCGAGACGCACUCCAUGAUAUCGAAAGGACGAGGUCAUAUGCAAGCUCUGAAGAGGAGUUCAGCCAAGGCGCACGCCAUAAUAGCCCAAAGGAGAGGAUGCACGGGAGUCACUAGUCUCAAGGAGGGCAUAGGGAUGGAAAUGAAGCCCACUAUCAAUAUGAAUCUGAAUAAUUACAUAGCCGCGCGGCAGAGUUUCAGACUCCCUUGCCGUCUGCAAGGGCUGUCUCAUGGGUGUAUUCGGAUGCCUGAAUGUCUGGCUGCCUCACUGCCUGGCUGCCUGAGAACCAAGAAACCAUCACCGGUCAGCCCCUGCUAUUUCGAGGUUCUUGGCCUAGGACUGCGCAAGGCUUAUGAAAGACCUCAAGCGCGAGAGGAAAAAUCGAGGAUAGUGAGAGAACGGAGUAGCUGUGGUGUUCCUGUAGGGCUGAAAACGAAGACCGUCGCAAAGGGUAAUGUUAUGCGGGCUGAGGUUGUAGAGACUAUUCUAGUCUAGUGGGUAGGAAAGUAUGAAUAAUACAUUUGUAGUAACACAAGACUAAUAAUACAGUUGAAGAAAUCCUAAUAGAGGCAGGGAAAAGUCCCCCUCUCGCAGCCUCGAAUAUGCCAUUCUCAGCCGUUACCAUCCUUCUAAUUCCAUGCAGCAUGCAGUUCCAACUAAUUUUAGCAUAUCUAAGGAUCAAGCAUCCUAUGGUUCCAAUUCCAAGUCUUUCAAUGUACUUUCUCUCAAGAUCGUGGAGAGAUUCAGUUCUUGUGCUCGGACAGUGCACAUCGCAAGCCAACGGUGGGCAAUAACGCAUUGAGUAUCAGGAUCGAAUAUUUCCUCACCCUUUGUACCCAGAGUAUGCCUGCAUUCUUCUUCAUUGCCGC